AUGCCCCUUCCCGCCACUGCUUCUGUGUGUGUGUGUGCAGAGGAGAUCUCUGACCUGACUGAGCAGAUCGGAGAGACUGGCAAGAGCAUCCAUGAGCUGGAGAAGGCCAAGAAGACCGUGGAAAGAGAGAAGUCUGAGAUCCAGACCGCUCUGAACGAGGCUGAGGGCACACUGGAGCACGAGGAAUCCAAGAUUCUGCGUGUGCAGCUGGAGCUGAACCAGAUCAAGGGUGAGGUGGACAGGAAGAUCGCUGAGAAGGACGAGGAGAUGGAGCAGAUCAAGAGGAACAGCCAGAGGGUGGUUGACUCCAUGCAGAGCACCCUGGACUCUGAGGUCAGGAGCAGGAAUGAUGCCCUGAGGGUGAAGAAGAAGAUGGAGGGAGACCUGAACGAGAUGGAGAUCCAGCUGAGCCACUCCAACAGGCAGGCCGCUGAGGCCCAGAAACAGCUGAGGAAUGUCCAGGGACAGCUCAAGGAUGCCCAAUUGCACCUUGAUGACGCUGUCCGUGUCACAGAAGACAUGAAGGAGCAGGCAGCCAUGGUGGAGCGCAGAAACGGUCUGAUGGUGGCUGAAAUCGAGGAGCUGAGAGUUGCUCUGGAGCAGACAGAGAGAGGCCGCAAAGUGGCUGAGACUGAGCUGGUAGACGCCAGCGAGCGUGUUGGACUGCUGCACUCCCAGUGUACAUUGCUUUCCUAA